GAAUGGAGAUUUAGAUUGGCCUAAUAAAGGAAAAUAUGAAGAAGAAUGGAAAAAUAAAUAAGGAAUAUGAAAGUGGAAUAUUUUAUCAUAUAUAUAAAUAUAUAUUGGAGGGAGAAUAAGAUUAGUAAAAAAGUAAAUGGAAAAUGGAUAGGAAAAUUAUAACUAUUUUUUUUUGGUCGAAGUAUAAGAGUGAAUAGUUUACAUAGUUAUGGUAGAAAGAUUUGGGAUGAUAGAUAUAUAUACAUA